CUGAACCUAUCUCGGCCUACAUAUCCCUCGCCAAUCAUACCUAUCUUAGGAAUGGCCCGUGCGUUCUGUUCCACGCUAUAAUUCCCGGCUGGCCGUUGAGGGGAUAUGAUAUGAGUUGUCGAACUCGCCAUCAGAAUUGCAGCAAUCGACCAAAUCCCACUCAUGCCCACUCUCUCUGAACAUUCAACGAGUAUGGCAUCCUCUCGAGGUGACCAGAAUGAUAACAGUCAGCCAACGGUACCACCACCUCAGGAUCAACCAAGCCAGAGUACUCCAACAUCUCAGGGUAAUCAUGCAGACCAAGCUGCGCCAUCAACGGAGCAAGGUGUUAACUACUGCGUCGCUACCUGGAGACCGGGUGAUUCAACCAUUGUUUGCACACCUGAACAAUUGGCUAUAUGGCAGGAGGGUAUGCGCUUAGCAGCUUUGGGUCCACUGCCAGAUCCAGACGAAGAUGACUUUCUCGAUGAGCCACUGUCAAAGCCUUUCGAUCCGAAUUGGGAACCCGACUGGGCCAAGGCAGACGCAUGGAUUGAGGAGAAAGACAGUGAAGGACGAACGUUGUGGCGCAAUCGGAUCAUACACUUCGUUAGCUAUUCAGAGCCAUUGGAAGUCCGGGAAGCCAGGGACAGACUUCAGAAGGCAAACAGCAGCGCAUAACGACAUAAAGAUCAUGAUGGGUGAUUUUAGCGUGCCCGACACGACCCACCCGUCUAGACCGGUUACGUAGGGGAAAUCAGGGGAGAUCAGGAGGCGGAGAAAAAAGUGGCCGCUUUUCGUCUAGCGAGAACAUCAAAAGUCCUUCACCUAAUUUAAUAUAUCUCGGCCAAUGCUCCAAUAACUUAUAUGCGCACUCUGAUUAUAGUUCUCAAAAAGCUCUUAUUUGUUUUGGCAGUUAUAACUGUCUAGAACUGUCUAGGAUCCUUAUGGUGACGGUUCUUAGUUCUUCCAACCCGUACUAGGUGACGGUUCAGGGCCAAAAACGGCCCAACCCACCCAUCGAGAGCGCUGGACACAGCGUGGAAGGAGUCGGGAGAGGUUGAAUGCAUGCAUGGUCUCAUAUGGUGUGACCAAGAGAUAGCAAAUAGCAGCGCGUAGCGACGUAGCGAC